CUAUCACAUGCCUUUGCCGCAUUUCUUUGACACACAUAUCCAGCGAUGGUUAAUAGCAACAUCUUGAUCGCCAUCUUUCUAAUUAUCCGAAUUCGCCGUGACAUGCGCAUUGUCUACUGUACAUCGCUAAAGCCAACAAAGGCUUAAGACAAUGAACAAAGCCGAACUAUAUAUUCCUAGUACAGCCAUAGUUCAUCAACUCCAAGAUCUCGUCACAUAACAUUUCCUUUGCACAUCCCGUCACAGCUCAUACACAACACACAAUGCCGUUUACCAAGCAGAAGAAGACAGAAAACGUCUCCAAAACCAUCCGCUUCGCCGAAGCACCCUGUCAACUCGGCGUCCCAGAAAGGGCCGUUGUGAAGCAAACACCGGGCUCCAAGACCCGGGCGGCCGACGAGGAAGAAGGAUCGAGCUACUCACCCAACCGGUCGACCUCCUUAACCUACCCGACCGGCCGCUCACUCUUUCCCUACCCAACCAUCCCCUCCCAAAUCUCCACCUCUCCCUCAACAGUCGUGACACUACCAGCAUCACGCUUGUACUCAACAGGCGCAUCAUGGAACCCUAAGCCCGCGAUAACAGCGUUCCACGAACCCUCUCUUGCGCCCGCUGCGACCCUUCCCGAUUCACGGAACCCGUGGGACGAGUUUUACCGGGUUCGUGACGGGAGAAGAAAAAAGAAGACGACGAAGAUGAGGUGGUUUGGGAUUGAGCCGUAGGGUGACCGUAUUAGAGAAAGCCUUGAGCUAGAGCUAGUAGUUAAACAAUAAUAGAAUAGUAUAACGUAUACAGUUCAGACACGUGACUGCUCCUCCAGAUGAACCUUUAAAUAGCGAAAAGAAAAUGUGUACGUUGCCUAAAUAUAACAGCUCGGCUGAUAAGAUUUGAGAAGAAUUGAGAUAAUUAUAGCCGUACGUACCCUAACAACGUCCUUACAUGACUCGACAAAGACUCGAGAUUUGAGAUCACAUGUCACGUGACCCCACUUUCCUGUACGCCUAUCACAAUCACGUCACAUUUCUGGU